AUGGGGAUCUCUGCCUGGUACAUGGACUCUUCUGAUGAGGACCAGAGGGACCCGCACCAGCUGGACCCGAACCAACCCGUCUCUGCAGAAGAACUCCAGAGACUCGGGGUCUUUCACUGGGAACUAAAUGCUGAUAUUUAUGAAAAUGACCCAGAACUGGAGAAGAUCCGUAAAGAACAAGGAUAUUCCUACAUGGACAUAAUCACUAUCCACAAAGACACGCUGCCAAACUACGAAGACAAGCUGAAGAUGUUCUUCGAGGAGCACUUGCACCUGGACGAUGAGAUCCGGUACAUUCUGGACGGUCAGUCCUACUUCGACGUCAGAGGCAAAGACGAGCGAUGGAUCCGGAUCUCCAUGAGCAAAGGGGAUCUGAUCACACUACCCGCUGGUAUCUACCAUCGCUUCACCCUGGACCACACUAAUUACACAAAAGCCAUGAGGCUGUUUGUGGGAGAACCCGUGUGGAAAGCCUACAACCGUCCAGCCGACGACUCCCACAUCAGGAAAAAGUAUCUGGAUUUUUUACAGGAUUCAUAA